AUGGAUAGAACUUAUAACACCAAUCGGAUUUGGACAACAAACAAUGGAUUUUUAAGAGAUGACCUAAGGCCGAGCUCUCCUGGCGAUUUAAGUGUUCACACUCCGGUUUCCGGUCACACUUCCACGCGAGCAUACAGUGGUAAUGGCAUUGCGUCGGACGAUGCCAACCGAAAUAAUAAUGGAACAAAAUCACCACCUGUCCUACAUCACUAUCCAAACAAUAAUUUCGUGGGGGUGGAAUCACGGUUUCGACGGAAAUAUUUUCACAAAACUAUUUUCAUAGUGCUCAUAAUACUCGUUAUUAUUUUAUUCAUUACCAUAAUAGUUUUAGCCGCUUUAUUGCACAACCAAUCAAUAAAUACAAUCUGCCGCACAAAUGAAUGUCUCCGGACUUCGGCUAGCCUUAUUUACUCUAUGGACGAAGAGACUGAUCCCUGUGAAGACUUUUACCAAUUUACCUGUGGCCGUUGGUCACAUGAACAUCCGCGACCCGAAACUGUGACCUCAAACGAUUGGUUUCGUGAGAGACAAGCGAAAAUUAUGCGCGAGCUGAGAGAUUUCCUGAACAAAAAUGUCUCUACCAGCGAACCAGACGCAGUGGGCAAAGCAAAACUUAUGUAUAAGGCCUGCAUGGAUAUGCAGCAAUUGGAGGAACGAGAAAUGGAACCGUUGGUAUAUUUCCUCAAUGAAUUUAAACUACCCCUAAUACCUCGUGGACUGAAUGUAACCCUCUCACCGGAAAGUGCAAAGAAAUACAAUACAACGUCAAAGUUCAAUUGGUUGGAGUCGGUGGUUUUAAUCAAGAAACACCUGGGUAUGGAUUUGAUUAUUGGGUUUGAUAUUUUCCCCGAUCCUCUAAAUCGGACAAUAAACCGCAUUGCCUUGGGAACACCAGAAACAGAUUCUGCGUUGCCUUUUAAUAACGACGAUGUCCAUAAAAUCCUGCACAAGGUACGAAAAAAGACCAUUUUCGGUGGAGAUGACAACGAUGAUGAUAUGGAUAUUGAAGGUCGGGAAGAAGAAGAAGCUGACGCAACCAAAGAGACCAACAGCGGUUUACAUGCCUAUGUAUCGUAUGUAAAGAAAAUCAUCGAAGUCUAUAUGUCUUACUUGGAUCCGGAUAUGACACCCGGGGAGACCGAUGAUAGCGCUGAAGCUAUGACAAUGGCUGUUGUAAAAGUGGCAAGAAAAAUCUAUAAGCUCAAAAGCAAUGCAGAAAAUGCCACACAAUCUUCUAAAAAUCCCAUCGAUGACUUGGUUUACAUAUCCGUUAAAGAUUUACAAAAUCAAACAGACAAACUUUUGACAUCACCCAAAACACUGCCCAUCUGGGAGCCAUACCUCCAGCAGAUGUUUGCCAACGCAUCCAAUGGCGAUGCAAAUUUCAAUGUCUCUCAGCUUGAGAUAAUCACCAGCAAUGCAGACAUUCUGUACAUGCAGACAAUUGCCGAGUAUUUGCUGGAAAUACCAACCGCACAUCUCGAGUUCUAUUUGUGGCUGAGUGCGGUGGAAGAGCUGAUCCUACAUACGACCAGUGAAAUGCGUCUGCUACAUGCCGAAUACAUGCGUCUGGUGAUUGGCACCGAAGGCAAUUCGCCGCGCUCCAUUUACUGUGCCCAUGGCAUCAACAGCCUGAUGGGCAUGGCGGUCAGCUAUGCAUUGGCAGAUGACGACUUCACGCGUCACAAAUUGCCAAACGUACGUCGUAUGCUGAACGAUAUACGAAGAUCGUUUAACAAUUUGGUACGUUCGACGACAUGGAUGGAUGGGCCAACGAAAUACGAGACUUUGCAAAAGUCUGCGGAAAUGAAAAGUUUCAUUGGCUAUCCCGAAUGGCUAACCAACGCCACAGCGCUCGAUGAGUUCUACGAGGAUGUGCAUGUCAAUGCUUCGACACAUCUCGAAAAUAUGGUUGGUGUUUUGCGUUGGCAAAUGCAAAUCAAGCUGAAUAAUCUAAAUGUUCCUGAACCAUUCGGCUGGGCCACAUCGCCGUCGAAUGUCAACGCAUUUCACACAUUUCAAGCGAAUGCCAUAACGAUACCAAUUGCAAUAUUGCAAUAUCCUUUUUACGAUUUAGGAUUAGAGGCUCUAAAUUAUGGUUCCAUCGGCACCAUAUUAGGUCAUGAGCUGACUCAUGGAUUCGAUGACAGUGGGCGAAUGUUUGACAAAAAUGGCAACAUGGUACAGUGGUGGUCAAAUGAAACUAUUAACGAAUAUGUUAAUCGAACCGAAUGUUUUGUUGAACAAUAUAGUCGCUAUUAUUUGGAUGAUAUUGAGGAAUAUAUCGAUGGCGAACUAACACUAGGUGAAAAUAUUGCCGACAAUGGUGGAAUGCGUGAAGCUUUUCAUGCCUAUCGUCUGUUUAUAAAAGAGAAUGGUAGGGAGAAAAUGCGACUGCCCGGUUUGGAACACUACAGCCAUGAACAAUUAUUUUUCAUAUCAUUUGGAAAUCUGUGGUGUGAAGCAUAUACACCGGCAGCAUCACGUUAUGCCGUUGAGGAUUCCCACUGCCCAGGAAGAUUUCGUUUGAAGGGCGUUCUUACAAAUUCUCAGGAAUUCGCUGAUACUUUCCAGUGUCCGCCAGGAUCGGGAAUGAAUCCCAGAGGCCAUAAAUGUCGUAUUUGGUAG